AUAAAAGCUGUCUUUUUAUAUAGCAAACUAGCACACAUCACAGUGCUGAAAUGACAAAAAUCUGGAGUAGCUUUUGUACUCGGAAGACAGAGCUGCAGCACGGAACACUUUCCUCUACCCAUCCAGGGUCAGACCACCAGCUGAUGCCUGGCUUCAUCUCGCUCUUUGCCAACUCCAUAUAGAAGGAUGGUGCGCUGGUUACACUCAUGACUUGAAGAUUCAUCCUGAAAAACAGAAAAUGUUUUCUGAGGCUCUGGUUUGCAGAGGUGGGCUUGCUCUCCAUACCCUUGAACUGCACUAACCGCAGCACCUCCACACUGGCUUCCAGUGGUGGCAUCCCACCCAUCGCUCAAGGCACCUCAACUUCCACUGGUAAAACCCUUGUUUGUCCAGUCUGGAACUUGCUAACGUUAAAAAAGAUAAACAAACAAAAAAAAAAAACAGUGUCAACUGACUUGAAGUCUUAACAGAAGCAUUUGAUGUUGGCCUACCCUACCGAACUACUCAAGACUUCACUGGUGAAAACUCAGCAAACUCUUAAUCACAAAGUGUUUUGCCAACUAAAUUAAGACUUUAGAAGGAAAAUACCAGAUGCCAAUCUGCAAGUUGCAUUAACUACCACGACUGGAGACAUUCAAAUUCUUCAGAUCAACAGAAUAACCAGGCAGCGAACAGGAAAUGGAGGCCACCAGCAACCUCACCUCUGAACCCGGGAACAGCAGCCUGUGUGCCAGGGACUACAAGAUCACCCAAAUCCUCUUUCCACUGCUCUAUACUGUCUUGUUUUUUGUCGGGCUCAUCACAAACAGCCUGGCAAUGAGGAUUUUCUUUCAAAUCAACAGUAAAUCUAACUUCAUUAUUUUUCUAAAGAACACAGUUAUUUCUGACCUUCUCAUGAUUCUGACUUUCCCAUUCAAAAUUCUUAGUGAUGCUGAACUGGGACCAGGACCUCUGAGAACCUUUGUGUGUCAAGUUACUUCUGUCAUAUUUUAUUUCACAAUGUAUAUCAGUAUUUCAUUCCUAGGACUGAUAACUAUUGACCGAUACCAGAAGACCACCAGGCCAUUUAAAACAACCAACCCCAGUAAUCUCUUGGGGGCUAAGAUUCUCUCUGUUGUCAUCUGGGCCUUCAUGUUCUUAUUCUCUUUGCCUAACAUGAUUCUCACCAACAGGAGACCACCAGGCAAAAUUGUGAAGAAAUGCUCUUUCUUCAAAUCACAGUUUGGGCUAGUCUGGCAUGAAAUAGUCAAUUACAUCUGUCAAGUCAUUUUUUGGAUUAAUUUUUUAAUUAUCAUUGUAUGCUAUACACUCAUUACAAAAGAACUCUACAGAUCAUAUGUAAGAACAAGGGGAGUAGGCAAAGUCCCCAGGAAAAAGGUAAAUGUCAAAGUUUUUAUCAUCAUUGCUGUAUUCUUUAUUUGUUUUGUUCCUUUCCAUUUUGCUCGAAUACCCUAUACUCUGAGUCAGACCCGGGAUGUCUUUGACUGUGCUGCAGAAAACACUUUGUUCUAUGUCAAAGAAAGCACACUCUGGUUAACUUCUUUGAAUGCAUGCUUGGAUCCAUUCAUCUAUUUUUUCCUUUGCAAAUCCUUUAGAAAUUCCUUGAUAAGCAUGCUGAGGUGCCACAAUUCUGAAAAAUCUUCAUCGCAAGAAAACAGAAAGAAAAGGCAGGAUAAUAGUGACCCAAGUGAAGAGACGCCAAUGUAAGCAAAUUACCCAACGCAGUGCUGCAACCUAUUAGUAUUAAGAAUCCCUCAAAUGAAAGCACUAUGUAAAAAUGCUAACACUAAGAAGCAGCUUGGUUCAUAAUAGUAUCACUUCAACAGAUAACUACAAAAAUAAUUUUCACCUACUUUUCUAGUAUAAAAAGCUAUCCUGAAAUGUUUGACAAUAAUUUAAUCUGUAAGUACAUAUUAAAAAACUAUACCAAAUCAACACACUGCAUGAAAAACUACAAAGAAUUCAUUAUUUGCAUAGCUUUUUCAGAAUGGGUUAGCAUAUAAUAAGUACUAUAACUUUUUAAAUACAUCAUUCAUUACAAUUUUAUUUUUAUGUCAACAGAAAAAAAGUCAAUCUGAUACAAUCCACUUGCCAAAAAAAAUGGUUAUUAGGAAGAAUACACAUCUUACUUCCCUAACCAAAUCAUAGCCUGUUAUGAGAUUUAUAAAACUUUAAGUAUGGUAGAUAAAGUGUAACUACUGAUUUUUAAUUAUUAUCAGAAUCUUUAGGGAUUUAAACUAAUUGAAAUGAUAUUUCAUGGAACUGAAUUUUUUAAUUGUUCGUUAAGAUGACAGGGAUUUAAGGAAUGUCUUUCUAGUAAACAGCAGAAAUAUUAAAUGAAAUCAUUAAAACUAGAAGAAUUAUAUUUAUAACAACUUAAUAAUAAAAGAAUUAGGGAAGUCAGUUUUACUAAUAUUUUAACAAUUUCAGCGGAUACAGUGCCAUCAUUCACACUAAUUUUUAUUAACUAGCUUCUAGAAAUACCUGAUAUUUGAGUUAAUGAACAUUUCCCUUUACUAAGUAAAAUGAAUGAAGUAUGACUGCAAAAUUGCACAGUGUAAUUACUAUGAAAUUGACUAUUUAGCAUUAUUUUAUUUGCAUUUGUGUGUAUAUCAUAAAAAUGUACAUUAAACUUUGUAUCACUUUGUUGGCA